GUUUGUUUCUAGCGUCAUAGGUACAAAAACAAGAUGGCGGCUCAGAGUAAACUCACGUCGAGAAAUUCAGCUUUAGUUACCGCUGUGGGGCUUGGGAUUUAUCUGGCAUAUCGACACAUCUCCCGAACUGCACAACAAAAAAAGGGGAAAACUGAGGAAGAGAUCAAAGUUGUUAUUGCACAGCAUGACUCCAGAAAGGAAAAGGCUGCUGUUGAUGCCCUUUUUAUCAGGAGGUUGAAGGCCAUUCUUAAAAUCUUAGUUCCUGGAUGGUUUACAAUGGAGACAUGGUAUUUGGCUUUGGUGGCCAUGUCUCUGAUUGCACGGACAUAUGCUGAUGUUUGGAUGAUCCAGAAUGGAACAGCCAUUGAAAGUGCUAUCAUUGGUCGAGAUGUUGCUCUUUUCAAGACCCACCUGUUUAAGUUCAUUUAUGCCAUGCCAGCUAUCUCUGUGGUGAACAACAUGCUCAAGUAUGGCCUGAGUGAGCUAAAACUAAGAUUCAGGACUCGCCUUUCACAGCACUUGUACAGCAAAUACUUGAGAGGUUUCACUUUCUACAAGAUGAGUAACCUUGACAAUCGCAUUGCAAAUGCAGACCAGCUUUUGACCCAAGAUGUGGAAAGGUUCUGUGACUCCGUAGCAGAGCUGUAUUCUAAUCUCAGCAAGCCAAUUUUGGACGUUUUCCUGUAUACUGUAAAACUCACAGGGGCCAUUGGUGCCCAGGGCCCAGCAUACAUGCUGCUAUACCUGGCUUUUUCUGGAGCAGUACUCACCAGAUUGCGUAGACCGAUUGGUCGAAUGACAGUCACAGAGCAGAAACUGGAGGGUGAAUAUCGCUAUGUCAACUCCCGUCUCAUCACAAACUGUGAAGAGAUUGCCUUUUACCAAGGACAGAAACGAGAACAGCGCACGAUCAUUGCUACAUUCAAUAAACUGGUAAAUCAUCUGAGGACAUUUAUCUUCUUCCGGAUGCAGAUGGGGUUUUUAGAUAACAUCAUUGCAAAAUACAUUGCUACCGUUGUGGGAUACCUUGUGGUCAGCCGUCCAUUCCUGAACCUAGCACAUCCACGCCAUAAGACAUCAACACAUAGUGAGCUGUUAGAGGACUAUUACAAGAGUGGUCGCAUGUUGGUUAAAAUGGCUGAGGCCAUUGGCAGGAUUGUGCUAGCAGGUCGGGAAAUGACCAGACUGGCUGGAUUCACAGCACGAGUGACAGAACUGAUUAAGGUGCUGGAUGACAUGAAUAGUGGACUAUAUGAAAGGACAAUGGUGACUGCUAAUGUUCAGAAAGGUGGGGAAAAAAGCAGUGUUCAGUUGAAGCCAGGCAAUGGGAAAAUCAUUGUGAAAGAUCAUAUUAUCAGGUUUGACAGAGUUCCUCUAGUAACACCUAAUGGGGAUGUUCUCAUUCAGGAACUGUCAUUUGAGGUGAAGGCGGGAAUGAAUGUUCUUGUGUGUGGUCCCAAUGGUUGUGGCAAGAGCUCCCUUUUCAGGAUCCUAGGGGAGUUGUGGCCCCUGUUUGGUGGAACUCUUACAAAACCAGAGAAAGGAAAGCUGUUCUACAUCCCACAGAGGCCUUACAUGACUGUAGGAACUCUGAGGGAUCAAGUCAUUUACCCUGACUCGCACGAGGAACAAAUCCAGCGAGGUGUAAAAGAUGAAGCUCUUGCAGAAAUUUUAAAUAAGGUACAGCUGGAGUAUAUCUUGCAGAGAGAGGGUGGUUGGGAAUCAGUGCAGGACUGGAUGGACGUGCUCAGUGGGGGAGAAAAGCAAAGAAUUGCAAUGGCUCGGCUUUUCUACCACAGACCACAGUUUGCCAUCCUGGAUGAAUGUACCAGUGCUGUCAGUGUUGAUGUGGAGGGCUUCAUGUACGAGUACAGCCGAGAAGUUGGAAUCACAUUGUUUACUGUGUCUCAUCGAAAGUCUCUGUGGACACACCACGAGUACUAUCUCAAAAUGGAUGGCAGAGGGAACUACGAGUUUAAACCAAUCACAUCGGAUACAUCAGAGUUUGGAUCAUGAUGUGGACCAUUCCUUAGUACACUAAAUCUCAAGUCAGGACAUGUAGAAUCAAAUGAUGUGAGACAUCAUUUUCAGCAACUGUUUCUGGUGGGAAGUAGCAAGCCUAUAAUAGUUUAAGAAAAAUACUACAGCUUUGAGUAGAUAAUUUCUUGUUACAGUAAAACCUCUUUAUUAAGAUUUUGCCUGAUUAUGACCCCUCAGUUAUGUUUGUUCUCGGACUUGUUGAGUUGUUGUUUGUAGAAUGAAAGCAGGCUAGUUUGUCUCCCUACUGUGACCCCUCUCGGUUAUGGCCCAAUUUUGUUGGAAUUUAGCUAGUCUUAUUAGAAAGGUUUUACUGUAGUCAUUUUAACAAUUUUAUUCUCAUCUUUUUCUAUAAUUUUUGAUUUGUAAUGAGUUACAUUUUAUUUAUGUAUCCACUUCAGCUCCUGAAGCACUUAGUCUGUAGCUGAUCUUUUCUUUUGUUUCACUGGUGAAAUAUUAAUAGAAUUCAGUUGUCUUUCUGGAUUAUUUGUAUAUGAUAUUGCUUUGUUUGCUAAUGUUAAAGGCAAGCGCAAUCAACACAACAGUGCCUGUCGUUCAUAUAUCAUUGGUAGUUUGACAAUAUUGUGAUAAGCUUUUCGCUGCAAUAAGAUUUUCACAGAUUUUCUGUGAUUGUAAGUUUGUUGCAUGUCAUCACUGUUUAUAACAAUACAAGGUUGCCAUGGAGGAGAACAAAUCCACGUAGAUAACAUGUUUGUGAUGGUUAAACUAAGUUGCACUUGUCUGUCUGUGCUGUAAAGGUGUGAAGUAUAAAGUGUACAAUAGACAAAGAAGGACAUUCAGUUUGUAUGCAUGUUUACAUGACUAAAAGUGUUGUAAAGAGAAGAAAAAGUGUCAUGGAGUUGAUAAACCUAUUUUUAUAUCAAACAACAUUAUGUGCGUCAUCUUCUAAGUAGUUGUUUAUACUCUCUGUCAUGGGGAAAAAGUAAGAUAAAGCAGGAAUGAAGUGCUGUGACGUGUUUUUGUCUUUUCCAUUUUAUUAUUGUUGACGUAAUAUUACUGUCUGCAACAUUUGCUGCUAUGAAUCCCAAGGAAAGUGUCUUGUGUUGGGUCUGGUCGCUAUUCUGUGUUAUCUGCAAACAAGCAUGUCAUGCAGGAACCUUGUGUUGUGAUAGAGCUCUACUUAUUUCUGGUGUUGGAAGGGCAUGGAUUGUUUUGAGACCACUGCCUGCAGUUUUCUCCACGAGAUCAUGUUUUCUUGCCAGUGCAUCUGGAGAGCAUCUAAUUUUUUAUGUUGAUUUGAAUGCCACCUAUCACUCAACAGUCCUGUGUAACAUGGGGAUUGUGUUAUGUAGUAAAGGUUGGUGACCACUAGUUUUAAUGCAAAGGGUUAUUGUUUUUAUUAUUUAUAUUUCAUUGUCUUUUGUAUAUCAUACAGUCUCUCACAUGCUUAUUUUUUUAUCACUCUUUGUGUGAAAGACAUGCAAUGAAAGUAAACCACCCUAUCUAUUCUUUUUCUUUCUCAUAGCUUGUUUUAUCUAUUUGACAUAAUUUCUAAGCAUCAAUCAAGUUGAUAACUUUUCUAAAUCGUUUGCAAAUGUCUGUGCUUCAAUCAACAGUUGUACAUAUUUACAUAAGAAAGACCAUUUACACAUUGUAUUUUGUGGCAUGAUACAACAUAAUGGAUAAAUAAUUGAGCUUAUAGCAGGCAUAACUAGGCCAUAGUACUUCGAACAGCAGAAGUGUUUGUGGAUGAGAAGUGAGAAUGUUUGAAACUGGAAAUUUUGGGUUUUAAAGUUUACUUGGAAAACUGUGGCUCAGACUUUGUAAAAAAUUUAUAAUUAUUGUAAUUAAAGACUUUAUUACGGUAAGCUUAUGACUAUUUGUGAACAAGUGUUUGUGUCUUUGUCCUUAAAAAAUUGUUUCGUUGCUUUUCUUUGUUAAAGGCAAAGCAGCUAGGUUCAUGUGUGACGUGACUUCAAGGAUGUGUGUAGUAUUUUGAUGGUUCACAUAAUGUUUGCUUUCUUCUGUUUUUAGAUGUUAAGUAAUGUUCUUAUUGAGAGUGUGAGUUUCCACAAAAGUACAAAUCAAAAUGUACUUUUUAUAUCAAAAAUUAAUUAAUGAUUUAUUGUUGAUUCAGAUUGAUCUGUUUAUGGUUUAAAUAAUCGGAUCUCUUUAUAUUUUACAUAAUUCGACUUGUUUGCUACAAAUCUGUAUGUAUGUGUACACAUUUGUAUGCAUGCAUGUAUGCCUGUUUGAAUAAGCACAAGAGCAUGCAUGUGAAUAUCUGGGAAUGGAAGCUAUGUACAAAAGGGUUUGUGGGAUGGUUUUAUAGACUUUUUAUAGUUUUGCUUACAAAGGUUUUAGUGGCAUAAAAUUUCAUGUCCCAAUGUUAUCAAACUAAGUCAUUGCUAAUUUUGUGUGUUUUGAAAAGAAGUCAUUUUACUUUGAAGAAAUACAAAUAUGUGAUUAUUUAUCACUUACAUUGUC